AUAUUUCAGAGUGAAAGUGAUUUGAAAUACUUUGAUUAUCAACACAUCAGAUAUAUUUGGGACCAAGGAGCACGGAACUUCCAUAAAUUGUUAGAUUUGUCGUCCAAUGUAUCAUGCAUUUCUAUACAAGAAGAUUUCCAGGGAUUUUCCGUAAAAGAACAAGAACAAAAGAGAUUGGUAUAUGGUGACAAUGUUAUAGAUGUAGAUGUGAAAUCAUAUGGUAAACUUUUUAUGGAAGAAGUGAUCAACCCAUUUUACAUCUUCCAGAUUUGCAGUAUUAUAUUAUGGAGUUGUGAUUCGUAUUAUAUAUAUGCUUCAUGUAUAGCCUUUAUCUCACUGGUUUCUAUAGCUGUUUCAUUAUAUGAAACCAAAAGGCAAAGCAUAACUUUACAUAAUAUGGUAGCAUUCUCAUCAUCGACAAUCAGUGUAUGCAGAGGUGGAACAGCAUAUGAAGAUGUUCCAGUUAGUAAUUUAGUUCCAGGAGAUCUUAUAUCUAUACCACAUAAUGGUUGUACUAUGACUUGUGAUGCAGUCCUAACAGCAGGGACAUGUAUCGUCAACGAAAGCAUGCUCACAGGAGAAAGUGUUCCUGUCACUAAAACACAGUUGUCUCACCAAGAGGACUCAGAAGUAUAUUCUGCUGAUCUACAUAAACGUCACACAUUGUUUUCUGGGACCAAAGUUUUACAGACCAGAUAUUAUGGUCAUGCCAAAGUCACUGCUGUUGUUGUUAGAACAGGUUUUAAGACUGCCAAAGGAGAGUUAGUUAGAGGAAUUCUGUACCCUAAACCUCUAGGAUUUAAGUUUUACCAGGAUGCAAUGAAGUUUGUGUUGUUUCUAAGUGGUAUAGCUUUAAUGGGAAUGACAUAUAGUGUUGUAAUACUAGUCAGAAAAGGAGUUGUGAUACCAAAGAUAAUUUUACGUGCCUUAGACAUUAUAACUGUGAUAGUCCCACCUGCCUUACCAGCUGCCAUGACCAUUGGAACAGUUUAUGCUCAAAAUAGAUUAAAAAAGACAGGAAUAUUUUGUAUAAGUCCUCCAAGGAUUAAUUUCUGUGGCAGGCUUGAUCUCUUCUGCUUUGAUAAGACAGGAACACUUACGGAAGAUGGAUUGGACAUGUCUGGAGUUUUACCUGUUCAUGAUCAAAGGUUUAUUGGAGUGGUAUACAACCCAGCAGAGCUAGAAAGAAACCAUGUGAUACAGUGUAUGGCAACCUGUCAUUCUCUAACAUUGAUCGAUGGGGAAUUGUCUGGUGAUCCUUUAGACCUAAUCAUGUUUGAAUCCACUAAAUGGAUUUUAGAAGAACCAGGCAGAGAUACCAGUAAAUUUGAUACCAUCAUGCCGACUGUAGUCAAACCCUGUACAAAGGAUACCUUCUUGUCUAAUGCAAAAGAGUCUGAUUAUGAGAUUGGUAUCAUCAGACAAUUUACAUUUUCCUCAUCUCUACAACGAAUGAGUGUUAUUACAAGGAAGAUUGAUGAUGAUCACAUGGUUCUAUACUGUAAAGGUGCUCCAGAGAAAGUUACCUCCCUUUGUGAUCCAGAAACAGUUCCUGAUAAUUUUCAUGAGAUAUUACACCAAUACUCAGUACAAGGAUACAGAAUUAUAGCCCUGGCCUACAGACAAUUAGACCCUAAACUAUCAUGGCACCAGGCUCAGAGAAUAUCAAGAGAUAAAAUGGAGCACAGUUUAACAUUUGCUGGUCUCCUGUUCAUGCAGAAUAAACUGAAACAGGAAACCAAACCUGUGAUUGGUCUAUUAAAUGCUGCUAACAUUAGAACUGUAAUGAUCACAGGUGAUAUGAUGCAGACAGCUGUGAGUGUUGCUAGAACAUGUGGUAUGAUUCAAGCUUGUGAUGACGUUGUGAUAGCUGAUGCACAUCCACCAGACAGUCAGGGACCAGCAAGGAUAGAAUGGAUACCAGUAGAGAAUCCAGUUCAGGAUAAUAUUCCAGAAGGGGAAUCUCAGGGUUACCAAUCAGUAGAUAUGAGAGAACAUCUGGAGAGGACUCACCUGGCUGUUACAGGGAAAUCAUGGAAAGUUAUUACCGAUUACUUCAAAGAUCUAAUACCCAGGAUUUGUGUGAAGGGAUCUGUUUUCUGUCGAAUGUCACCUGACCAGAAAUGUCAACUUAUUGAAAAAAUGCAAGAAAUUGAAUACCAGGUUGGAAUGUGUGGUGAUGGAGCCAAUGAUUGUGAGGCCCUGAAAGCAGCACAUGCUGGAAUAUCUCUGUCUGAAGCUGAGGCUUCUGUUGCAGCGCCUUUUACAUCACACAUACCAAAUAUAGAAUGUGUAGUCACUGUCAUGAGGGAAGGAAGAUGUGCCUUAGCGACUUCAUUUGGGUGCUUUAAGUAUAUGGCAUUAUACAGUUUUAUCCAGUUUAUAUCUGUUUUAAUACUCUACAAUUAUUCCUGUAAUUUAGCAGACAUGCAGUUCCUAUAUAUAGAUCUAGUCAUUACAACGUCUAUUGCAGUACUCAUGGGAUAUACUGGUGCGUAUAGACAUUUGAUUGCCCAGCAACCACAGAGUAGUCUGAUAGAGUUAUCUAACCUGAUUUCUAUUGUUGGACAAGUAUUGCUAGUACUUCUGUUUCAGCUUAGUGCUUUCUUCUUUCUCCAGUCGCAAAAGUGGUAUCCAUCUGUAAUGUCUAAAGGCAGUAAGGAUGCUGAUAAUGUAGAAUCAUGGGAGACAACUACGAUAUUUCUCAUCUCUUCCUAUCAGUAUAUAACAGUGGCAUUCUGUUUCUCACAAGGUCCUCCAUUCAGAAAACCUAUAUAUACUAACUUACCAUACUUGGUGACAUUGAUGCUUUUAUUUUCUUUCUCAACAUUCCUACUGUUGUUACCACAAAGACCAAUUCUGAACUUUUUCUCAGUGAUGGCUCUGGAUGAAAAACCUUUUAUGUUCAGACUGUUUCUAUUUUUAUUUCCUGUUGUUCACUUUAUUUUAUGUGGCAUCUUUGAGUAUGCAAUCACAGACAACAAAAUAACCAAAAAACUUAUACACAAAAUAAAACCAGAAAAAUUAGGCCCUCUUCAUCAGAAAUCUGUUUUGAAAGAACUGGAGUUAUCUGAUUGGCCACCUGUAGGUCAGGUGACUUACAGUGAAGAGGAAGACGUUUUGAUGCAGAAUAUUCCAGCACUGGCUUUGACCUCAAACUCUAUCAACUAAUAAAAUAAGAUGAUUUGUUAGAAGAUGAUCAAACCACUGUUGAGCAAAUUGAUAGCAGAAUCUUAUAUACAGCCAACAUCAAUUAGUAUUUUAUUUAAUGAAUUUAAUUUGAUAGGUGGGACAUUUUUUUUCAUUGUGGAAAGACAUAGACAGCAGAUCAAAUGUUGGAUAUUUUAAUUGAACAAAUGCAUACAACGAAGUCACUAAAAAUUAUAAUUUUAUAUAAUUGAAUUAAUCCCAAAAUUGUUCUUUUAAUCAAGUGAUUUAAAUAUUCAUAUUGACCAGUUUUAUUUUGACUUCAUUUGGACCAUUUGUUAAAAAAGGGCAUUCAAAUCUUAUGUUUAGUGAAUAAAGAUUAGAUCUCACAAUGUAUUUUAUGCAAUCAAAAUAUUAUUGAUGUAUAGUUGGUUUUUUUUUAUUUUGUGAAUUCCUAUGUGUUACAAUUCAAAAGAUAUCCAAACCACAAUCAAAAUGCUGCUUUAAUAUUUAUAAUGAAUAAAAUAAUAAGCUAUCAACUUUAUAUUUGACAAAGUUAAUAAUGUUCCGAAGUAGGAAAAUUAUGAAAACCUAUUGAAAUUGUCUGAAGAAGUUUUACUAGAGGAACAGUGCUUUCAAAAUGUUUUUAUCAUUGUGUUUCAAAGUAUUUUCUCAGGCUGAGCAUAAGUCAUGAUGUUUUCUUUGAAUAGAACAUCAAGGCCUAUUGAAUUAAAUCAAGUAAUGUAUUGUGGUUGGAUACCUUUAUUUUCAGCAGUUUGUUUAUUUAAGAGUAUGACACAAGUCUAAGUACUCAAUACCAUCCCUUUGUUCUUUACAAUAUGAACAAAUUUUAAUGAUCAAAUAUAUACUUAAUAUGUUACAAUAUUUGAAAUAUGUAAUGAAAUUUGUAAUAUUUGAUAUGUUUUAAUAUUUGAAUUUUUUUUAUUAUUGUAAUAAUUUAUUCUGCUUUCUAGUCUUAUUUGAUCAACCCUGUAAAAAAUUUAUCAGCAAAUCUUCUGAACGGAUUUUCUAUUUUUAGAUUAAUGUCAAUGCAUAACAAUUGCUUAAUUGUAUGAUUUGAUUUUUAAUAUUAUGUAUACUGGGGACUUCUUGUUGCCAGCUAAUUCAGUAACUUUCUAUAUUAUUUCUAAUUAAUGGACAGUUAUUGUUGAACACAACCCAUUUAGUUCUUAUUAUUAGAACCAGAAACUGAUAGUGUAUAUCUAACAUAAGUUUAAGAGCAGUUUAAAUUUAAUUUGUUGAUUAGUUUUCCAUAGAUCUUUACCUUUAUGGUAUAUUGCAUUUGCCACUUUUUGCAAAUUGUUAAUAUGGGGACAUUUAAUGUUUUGAGAAGCCUUUUAAAAUAAGACAUUGUAGGUGUUUUUUAAUGUAAGUUGUUAACAAAAAGUAUUGUACAAGUUUACACUUGUAUAUCUUAAGUAUGGUAGCUUUACUGUCUUUUAACAUCAUUUUAUAUAAUGCAUAUUUUUCUCACUUCAACUUUGGACAUAUGAUAAUACAUUUGUUAGUCUAUCUGUGCUUCAUUCCAAGCAUGGCUUACUAUACAAUGCUUAAGUGAAUAUUUACGAAAGUGUUAACAAUGCCGUACGGUGACCUAUAGUUGUUAAUUUCUGUGUCAUUUGGUCUCUUGUGGAGAGUUGUCUCAUUGGCAAUCAUACCACAUCUUCUUUUUAUACAACCGCAAAAAAAAUUUUGUGGUCGUAUAUUGGUAUGACAUUGGCGUCUAACUUUAGUUUAAGUGAAUGGAUCUCAAUGAAGUUUUACCAUAAGGUUCAAUACCACAAAAGGAAGGUGGGGAUUGAUUUUGGGGGUUAUGGUACCAACAGUUAAGGAAUAAGGGGCCAAAAAGGGGCCAAAAAUAAGCAUUUUUGUAACUUCCAGACAUAACUUGUGUGUAAGUGUAUGGAUCUCUCUGACAUUGUACCACAAGGUUCCAUAUCACAAAGGGAAUGCUGGGAUUGAUUUUGGGGGUAAUUGCCUCCAAAUUUUAGGAAUUAGGGGCCAAAAAGGGGCAAAAAACAAGCAUUUUUCUAGUUUCAUGACAAUAACUUGUGUGUUAGUGUAUGGAUCUCUCUGACAUUGUAUCACAAGGUUCCAUAUCACAAAGGGAAUGCUGGGAUUGAUUUUGGGGGUAAUUGCCUCCAAAUUUUAGGAAUUAGGGGCCAAAAAGGGGCAAAAAACAAGCAUUUUUCUAGUUUCAUGACAAUAACUUGUGUGUGUGUAAGAGUAUGGAUCUUUAUGAAAUUGUACUACAAGGUUCCAUAUCACAAAGGGAAAGCUGGAAUUGAGUUUGGGGGUAAUUGACCAAAAAGCUUAGGAAGAAGGGGCCAAAAAGGGGCCAAAAAUAAGCAUUUUUCUAGUUUCCAGACAAUAACUUGUGUUCAAGUGUAUGGAUCUAUCUGAAAUUGUACUGCAAGGUACCAUACCACAAAGGGAAGGCUGGGAUUGAUUUUGGGGGUAA